AUGAACUUUUUCGGACACUCACACAUACCCAGCGAGGAAAGGAAUUCCGACCCAUUUUCCCCGUGCUGUUUAAUCCCUUUGCCCGUGCAGGAUGGGGAUAGCCUCAACGAUUAUCCGUGCUUCCGUCGACGGAAUGAGAGGGAGAGAGACAGAGUCAGAAAUGUGAAUGAGGGCUACCUUAAAUUGAAAGAACAUUUACCGCUUGAGAACAAGGAGAGACGACUUAGUAAGGUUGAAACACUUCGAUUAGCAAUUGACUACAUUAAGUGUUUGCAGCAAGUUCUUAGUGAUCAAAGAGACAAACAGGAGGGGUUCAAGGAUUCGUAA